AUGCGUCGAUCAAGCAUCUUGAUCUUGGUCUUUUUCUGGCUAGCGCUCGAUGCCGUUUUAGCCACGUCUACCUCCACAUCUACCGAAGUUGGUAACGCAAAGCCUGCCGGCUCUUCGAAGGUUCGGAAGGAGAUCUAUGUCCCGUACGACUACCUAAGCGGCGGCUUCUUUGAGCCUGACCCUGACAUGCUUCCUGCGAGUGAGGAAUAUCUCAGGAGAGAAGUUCACAGACGAAGGAUCUUUUACGAUGGCGUUCCUAUGUAUUUUGCAGAACCACAGGGCUACAACCUGCAAAGAAUGCAGCGAGGCUACGCCGAUUUUGGCAAAAUUUACGUUGCUGGUCGUUCUCUGACAGGCAAUCCACCGAUAAUGAUUGCACGAGAUCCUCAGGGGCAUCCUGUCACUCGCGAAGCUUCGAGGGAUGUUUUCGAAUACGCCCAUGAUGUGCUUGCAGCCCGUGUGGCAUUCGGCGAUACUGCGACACUGGCUGCAUAUGGCUAUACACUUGAAACUGCGCCGCCCAAGAAACUGUUCUGGUUUCAUGUCAAGCCUUCUCCGCCAAAGUGGGUUGAGGUUUGGAACUCGAUUGCUCGAGGCAGGGACACGGGUCUGACAGCUGCCAGACAGCUGCUGAACAGACAGCGGUUCAUCAAAUUUACAACCUCAAACGGACUCAGUGAGUUGGGGAUCCGCCUACUUCACGACGGUCGGCAGCAUGUCAAGUGGCAAGUAGGAAACUCGAACCCCUUCUUCAGCCACAUCCAUUGA